AUGGAUAAGGAGAAUGCUGCGCCGCUCGUCAAAGUGCGCGGACGUCUCUACGGCGGCACGCCACAGUCGGCAGAUAAAUUGAUCAAGCCUUUCAAGUGUCCCGGGACCAACACGCCGACAAGAGCAUCGGAGAAGCCCACUCGAAAGCGCCGCAAGGUGGACUAUUCUGGAGGCGACGGUAGUGUUGAGGAAGGGGACAAACCGUACACCAACGAGGACCGGCUCGCGCUCUCCACUCGCGACGCCAAUCGUUUUCCGGUGUUCCCGCCCAAGGAYAGGAGCGCGGCCUUUCGGGCGCGGUUCAUAGUGCCUUUCCAGAACAAGGACACGACCUCAUACCAGUCAAAGCGACCACCGCCAUGUUUAGGACUGCGUCGCGGCCUAGCAAUGGUGGCGGGGCCGCUGCACGAUCCAUGUGAUGAGUUCGCCAUUGUUCUCUACGAUCCGACUGUGGAUGGUAAGGAGCCGCCCAAGACAUUGGAAGAUGGCAGCGCAGAUGUACCCGCCAGCACGCCAAAGAUGAACGAGCCCAUUAUGCACAAGAGCUUGGCAGAGAUCCUGGGGAUCAAGAAGGAAGUUGACACCGAGCGUCCCAAGGUACCGGUUGUCAUUGACCCGGUACUUGCAARGGUGCUUCGCCCGCAUCAAGUCGAAGGCGUCAAGUUCAUGUACCGUUGUACGACUGGUCUGAUUGAUGAAAACGCUCAAGGCUGCAUCAUGGCCGAUGAAAUGGGCUUGGGCAAGACGCUACAAUGUAUUGCCCUCAUGUGGACUCUACUCAAACAAUCCCCCGAGGGAAACAAGGGCACGAUCGAAAAGUGCGURAUUGCAUGUCCUUCGAGCUUGGUCCGCAACUGGGCCAAUGAACUCGUCAAGUGGCUGGGUAAGGAUGCACCCAAUGCUUUUGCCGUGGACGGCAAAGAGACGAAGAGCGUAAUAGAGCAGCAGAUGAGAAGCUGGGCCAGUGCGACCGGCCGCGCCGUGACCAGGCCUGUGCUCAUCGUGUCGUACGAGACCUUGCGAAUGUACGUCGACAUCUUGCGCACGCCCAUCGGGCUCAUGCUUUGCGACGAAGGCCAUCGUCUGAAGAAUGGCGAAAGUCAAACGUACGAGGCCUUGAAUCGACUAGAGGUCCGCAAGCGAGUCAUUCUCUCCGGAACGCCCAUCCAGAAUGAUCUUUCCGAAUACUUUGCCCUGCUUUCAUUCGCCAAUCCAGGUUAUCUCGGAACGCGGCUAGAUUUCAGGAAGAAAUUCGAAUUGCCAAUCAUGCGUGGACGUGAUGCAUCUGGAACGGAUGCGGACCAGCUCAAGGGCAACGAAAGAUUGAAAGAGCUUCUCCUGCUGGUGAACAAGUUCAUCAUCCGACGCACCAACGACAUCCUCUCAAAGUACCUGCCGGUAAAGUACGAACACGUUGUGUUCUGCAACCUGGCACCAUUCCAACUCGAUCUAUACAACUACUUCGUCAAGUCACCAGAGAUUCAGAGUUUGCUUCGUGGCAAGGGUAGUCAACCUCUCAAAGCGAUUGGGCUGCUCAAGAAGCUCUGUAAUCAUCCGGAUCUGCUCAAUCUUCCCGAAGACCUGCCAGGUUGCGAAAAGCAUUUCCCGGACGACUAUGUGCCGAAGGAUCUGCGUGGUCGAGACCGAGACAUCAAGCCAUGGUAUUCUGGCAAGAUGCAAGUCCUUGACCGCAUGCUCGCGCGCAUCCGCAAAGAAACCAAUGACAAGAUUGUGCUCAUCUCGAACUAUACACAAACACUAGACGUGUUUGAAAGGCUUUGCAAGAACCGCAACUAUGGCUGUCUGCGUCUGGACGGCACCAUGGUUGUGAACAAACGCCAGAAGUUGGUCGACAAGUUCAACGACCCCGAUGGCAACGAGUUUGUGUUCCUUCUCUCUUCCAAGGCUGGAGGUUGCGGUCUGAACCUGAUCGGCGCCAAUCGCUUGGUCUUGUUUGAUCCUGACUGGAACCCUGCCGCCGAUCAGCAAGCUUUGGCCCGUGUAUGGCGUGAUGGCCAGAAGAAGGACUGCUUCGUCUACCGCUUCAUCGCGACUGGCACAAUCGAGGAAAAGGUCUUUCAGCGGCAGUCACACAAACAGUCGCUCUCAUCUUGUGUUGUCGAUGCCGCGGAAGAUGUCGAGCGUCACUUCACUCUCGACUCCCUACGCGAGCUGUUCCAGUACAGAGCCGGUACAACCAGCGAUACGCAUGAUACAUUCAAGUGCAAGCGAUGCAAGCAGGGGAGGCAGUUCAUCAAAGCACCUGCCAUGCUCUACGGAGACACCAGCACUUGGAAUCACUUCAUCAAUGAGGGCAAGGACGGUCCUCUGUGCAGGAUUGAAGAUCAGUUGUUGAGGCAAGAGAUCGAAGAGAAGGAUGUCAGCGCCGUGUUUCAGUAUAUCAGUCAUUAG